UUUACAGUUGAUUUCCUGAGUUUUGGAUACUAGUGGAACAUAGUGGGAGAGAUGUUUUUAGGGUGCAGUUUUACAGUCAUUAAAGCUAGUGCUGCUUUCUUGCUCUUUGAUUCCUAUGCCUGUCCCUGUACUGAUUCUGAUACUUGUCUAAUACUAAGUCAGCUGGUUUUCAUGGUGCUAAUCUUCCAGGAAAUUAGAUCAGCAGAAAUUCCUCAUAGGUUAUUGAUUUAGAAGAGGAGAUUGAGAGCCAAGGGAUGAAAUUUUGUGGUGAAGAAGAUGGACCCUACUAGAAUUUCAAAAGAGCACGCACACUGUGUCAGAACACUUUUUGGACAUCAAGAAAAUACAGACUUGCAUGAUACAUCCUUUGAAAAUCAAGAAGCGAAGUUAAUGCCAGAAUCAUGUAGAGGCAUGAAACAGGCUCUCCAAAGAGCUGUGCAGAAGGAAGUCCAGCGUGUCAUGGGAAGAGUGCCGCAAAGACCAGAAAAAGCUGCAAUGGAGGCAUUAGGAAUGGAUCUGUACAAGAGAAACAAACCUGAGAAGCAGCCUUUUGCCCAUCUCAUUAUUGAUGAUAAGAAUAUUCCAUCUGGAACUCGCAAAGUGAACCUCACAUCCUGGCAUCAUGACAAAGGCCAGGCAAACUUAUCAAAUAUGACAUUCAACGAUGGAAAGCUAAUUGUUAAUCAAGAUGGAUUUUACUACCUUUAUGCCAACAUUUGCUUUAGACAUCAUGAAACUUCAGGAAACCUGACUAAAAGAGGGCUUCAGCUGAUGGUGUAUAUGACUAAGACAAACCUUAAAAUAAGGCGCUCUGAUGUGUUGAUGAAGGGAGGAAGCACCAAAUACUGGUCAGGGAAUUCCGAAUUUCAUUUUUAUUCUGUCAAUGUAGGAGGGUUUUUUAAAUUAAAAUCUGGUGAAAUGAUAAGUAUCCAGGUAUCAAACCCAUUGCUACUGGAUUCAUCACAAGAAGCAACUUAUUUUGGGGCGUUUAAAGUAAGGGAUUUAGACUGA